AGACUGCAGAGAAGAAUAAAAGCUAAACUCACCUGGCUCCGUCCAUCAGCUGAGCCCAGUGGGCCGGCGCUGGACGGUGAAUGUUGCUGGUUCUGAUCCAUUUGGUUACAUUUUUGAUCAUUCUUUGUUUUUAUGACCAAAUCUCAUCUUUUCUCAAGGUAUUUACAUUGAGGGGUUCUGGUCCGGUUCUGGUCCGGUUCUGGUGGAGCUCAGAGAAAAAAUGAAUGAAGUCCAAACUUGUGUUGUUGUUUUUAUGUAGAAAAUAAUCAUAAAAUAUUGAUUUGUUGGGGGUUAUAAUAAUGUGUUUUAUUCAUUUUAUUGAACUCAAACUGUUUUUAUUUUUACUUCUUUCUUAGUGCGCAUGAAUAAAUCAUAUCUAAUUAACGGGGUGUCUACGGCGCAUGCGCGGCCCGCAGGUGAAACCAGGUGUGUCUGAUUGCAGCUGCUGAAAACGAGCGGAGGAGAAGCGGCGCCCGGAUCCUCUGUCAGCGCAGAGAAACAGAACCGAACCUACUGAUUCCCGGACCAUGGCGUCGCUCGGGUUGAAGCUGAUCCUCUUCGGCUUCAUGUGUCUCAGAGUUGAAGGAAGCUGCAGCGUGCAGAACUGCAGCGACCCUCGGACCUGCGUCCUGUCCGCGGACCGGAGGAGCUGCCGCUGCGCCGCGGGACUCUACGGCCCGAACUGCGAACACAGCGCGCAGGUCAAGGUCCUGUGUGGCAGAGACUUCAUGAGCAUCCGGGCCGCAGAGGAUUUCUUCUCCUACCUGAAGGUCCCGCUGGAGUCGCUGCACCUGCCGAACCCGGCCUGCCGGGCUCAGAGGGAGGUGAUCGCCGGGACGCCGUUCUUCAUGUUCCGGACGUCCAGGGAGAAGUACCUGGCCUGUGGAGGGAAUCCGCUGCAGAAGAACUCGACCCACCUCCUGUACUCCCUCACGGUCCGAUCGGAACCUCAGGUCAGCGGGAACAUCAUCAGAGACCCGGCCAUUAAGAUGGACUUCACCUGCGUCUACCCAAACCUUCGCAGGGUCAGCCUGCCGUUCCCGGUCCGGCCCAUCUCCAGCCAGAUGGUGAUGCAGGUGGAGGAGAUGGACGCCACCAUCCGGAUGUUGCUGUUCGCCGACAGCAGCUUCAGCCGGGCCUUCGGCGCCACGCCGACCAUAGAGCUGCGGGACCCGGUGCACGUGGAGGUCUCCGUGGCCGAGCCUGCAGACUUCUUCCUGCUCCGGGUCGAUGACUGCUGGGCCAGCCGGUCCCCGCGGCCCAACGCCACCGGACCGCUUCACAGCCUGGUCCAGAACGGCUGCGUGGCCGACCCCACCGUGACCUUCCUCCCGCUGGCUGAUGGGCGGGCCGGGCCCAACGGGCGGAGCUCCGGGAUCCGGUUCCGCUUCCAGAUGUUCCGCUUCUCAGCCGGACCCUCAGAGUUUUACCUGCACUGCAGCGUGCAGCUGUGCGAGCGAGACGACCAGCCGUCCUGCCUGCCGAGCUGUGGUGCCAUCAGCAAGCGGGAAGCCGUCAGGCCGCUUCCCAGCCGUGGUCUGCUCUACGGUCCGAUCCUGGUCGAGGUUCCGGACCGGCCCGAGUCCAAUGUUCUGACGGCGGCGGUUCUUCCUGUGGCCGCAGUCUGGACGCUGGGCUUCUUCCUCACCCUCCUCAUCAUCGUCGCCAAGGCUGGCAGGAGGCGGGCCCCUGAACCCGAGGGCCCCUGAACCCGAGGCCCCUGAACCCGAGGGCCCCUGAACCCGAGGGCCCCUGAACCCGAGGGCCCCUGAACCCGAGGGCCCCUGAACGGCAGGAAGCUCCAAUAAACCCUCUUUCAUCACUUCCUGUUUUUCUCCUGGCCCAGAUUCAACUGCUUGGAGGCCCCUUCAGGGUCCGGUUACCUGCAGUUUGAAACCCUCAGUGAUCAACCAGAACCCGUCUGGAACAGUCUAUGGACUCAGCCAAUCACAGAGCAGCAGCUGUGGAGGUGAUGAUGAUGAUGGUCAAACUGGUUCAGAACCGACAGAAUCCCGGGUCGUUGGUACCGCACUGCUUUACGGAACAUGAAAUAAACAGAACUGGAUCUUUGCUUUCA